UCAAACUGUCAAUGUCAUGUGGCAACCCCAUCAAUGAUGGGUAGUGAAAUGUCAAACAAAAAUAUUUGUCAAGUGAUUUCGGGCCGAAUAAGAAAAAUUAAGAAAAAUGUUCGCGUAGUGAUUUGUAGCCGCUUUGAAAUAUCGCAGUAAAUUUAAAUUGACCGUAGGCCAAACGUUGGCUGUAAUUUGCGAAUAACGAAUUGAUUUUGAAUACGCUCUGAGGCCAACAUAACCUCUACCGAAUUUUCUUUCCAAGCGUCCAUUAUGUCGAAAACGAAAAAAUCUCGUAAACAAGUGGAAUCCUCUGAAGAUACUGAUCCGUUGAGCACAUCGGAAGAAUCGACAUCGGAAUCCAGUUCAGAAGAUCGUAGCCAUUCACGUAAACAUAAAAAGAAAUCGCGCAAAGUGAAGAAGCGGAAAUCGAAAAAGAAAUCAGUUCAGUCGGACGAAGAUGAUUCCACAGAGGAUGUUCGACAUUCGAAGCGUUCGAAGAAAUCAGAAAAACAUAAGAAGAAACGUAAGCGCCACAACAGCGAUUCAGAUGUACAAAUUGAAGAACAUGAAAAAGUUCUGUACAUAAGCAGCGGUGCUGAAGGAGACGAUGAUAGACACAAGCAUUAUGAAAGAAGUAAGCGGCUUAGUGAUUUAAAAAUGUUACGAGGAACGGAUGAGAGACAAGUUCGAUCUAAAUGGGAUAGUCCAACAGAUGACCGAGAAGCAAGACCUAGAUCAACAAACAAUCCAGUUAAUAAGUACAACAGAAGCGAUUAUGUUUCUCGUGAUGAUGAAGCCGAUCGACACAGUCGACGGAAUGACAAUUCGGAAUUUCGCCGGAAUAAUCGAUACGACGACGAGCCAGGACACAGACAAGUAAAUUCAGGAAGACGUUACGAAAAUGAUCAGCAUCGUCACGAACCUCGUCGUCACAGCACUGAACGUCAAGAGUUCAAUAACCGCGAACGCUAUCGUGACUUCAAUGAAAGACGACGGGAUGAUCGAAUGAACGAGCCGGAUGGACGCAAAGAAAUCAGCGUCGGCAGAGUCACUCGAAAUCCAUUCGAUCGAAAACCGAGUGAAAUCAGUUUAGGUGAGCCUAGAGAUGAGCUUCCCAAACGCGAUGAGCUUCCCAAACGCGAUGAGCUUCCCAGACGAGAUGAACAUAAACGAGAGGAGCUUUCCAGACGUGACGACCACAGACGUGAUGAACCGCGACGUGAUGAAGCACGGCGAGAUGAAUUUCGACGGGACGAUUUUCGGCGUGAUGAACCUCGACGGGAUGAAUUGCGACGUGAUGAGCUACGACGCGAUGAGCCACGACGAGAUGAACCUCGACGUGAUGAGCCUCGGCGAGAUGAAUUCCGACGUGAUGAACCACGACGUGAUGAACCAAGACGAGAUGAAUUUCGACGUGAUGAACCCCGACGAGAUGAACCUCGACGGGAUGAACCUCGACGUGAUGAACCUCGACGAGAUGAACUACGACGUGAUGAACAUCGACGUGAUGAACCCCGACGUGAUGAACCCCGACGUGAUGAACCUCGACGUGAUGAACCUCGACGUGAUGAACCUCGACGUGAUGAACCUCGACGUGAUGAACCUCGACGUGAUGAACCUCGACGAGAUGAAUUACGGCGCGAGGAGCGCGGACGUGACAAUAGAUUUGCAGAUAAGAAUGCUGAACGAACAGUUAAACGAGAAAGAGAUAACAGCGGUGGCAACAGAUUCGAAGAAAACAAACGGCACAAGAAAACCACAAAUGAUCGCAGAAGCGGAGAGAGAGAUUUUCGUAAUGUUAGUGUUCGAGAUGGUCGUAGAGAUUACGAAAGAGAUCAACCUCGGAAAGGAUCUCCUGAUAGACGUCGACCACGUUCAUCAUCACGAAGCCCUGCACCGCAAAAAAAUCGUCGAUUCCGUCGAGGAUCAAAUGAAGAUCAUGGCAAUCACGAAUGGGGCAAGAAAAAUUCCAACGACGAUUCGAAACAAAAAGCUGAACCAAUCGAAAAAGAGAAACCGAAUUUCGGACUCUCCGGCAAACUGACAGAAGACACAAAUAAAGUUAACGGUGUGGUUAUCAAUUAUGCUGAACCGGCCGAAGCUCGGAAACCAAAACGACGCUGGCGACUUUAUCCGUUCAAAGGCGAACAAUCACUGCAAACGUUCUACAUUCAUCGGCAGAGCUGUUUUCUGAUAGGUAGAGAUCGAAAGAUAUGCGACAUACCGAUCGAUCAUCCGUCUUGCUCGAAACAGCAUGCCGUUCUGCAAUAUCGAUUAGUGCCAUAUGAGAAAGAAGACGGUUCAACCAGCAAGCGCGUUCGUCCGUAUCUUUUGGAUAUGAACUCGGCUAAUGGGACGUUUGUCAAUAACAAUAAAAUUGAAUCAAGAAAAUAUGUCGAACUGUUGGAAAAGGAUGUCAUCAAAUUUGGCUAUAGUUCCCGGGAAUAUGUUUUGCUACAUGAGAACAGUAAAGAUGAGGAUUUGGACGAUGACGUCGGCAACGAAGACCUUUACAUUAAAACGGAAGGAGAUUAAUUUCUUAUUAUUUUGAUAGGGGUAAAGGAGUGUGUGGUUUAUGGUUCAACGUUAUACCAUUACUGGUAGAUAUUUUGUACAUUGUUACAGCCGCUAAAAUUGUUAAACUAAUCUCCUUUCAUUCCUGCGAUAGCAAGUAGUAUUGUUUUGUGAAGCGGCGUUUGAUUUAAGAAACACUUAAACAAAUGUACAACUGUCGAUAAAGGUAAAUUUGUAACAAUUCUCUUUUAUGGAAUAAAGACAGUUCUAAAGAAUUUA